UAUUUCUCUCUUUCCUUACAUUUAUUUCAUGUGUGUGUAUGUGAUGACAAAAGUCACAGGAUGACUCACUGGAUGGCAUCAGCUAUCUCUUUCUGUCCUGUGGUCCUAGGUCGUGAAAGCAAGUUCCUUUAUGCCCUGAACUCUCACCAUAGCAACGGCCUCAGUCUCUUCAAUCUCCCAAGUGCUAGGAUUCAGGCCUUCCCUACAGCAACUGGCCUGGUCCGCAGGAGUCUGAAGGACAAAGGAAAGGGAACCAUGCAUUUGUACCAAUUGCAUAAAAGAAUCUAAACCUGUUUACAUUGAUGUUUUUUAUGGCUUAAAAUUACCCAGAGAAGUAAGAUAUCCAUUCUAUACACAGGGAGUGUGAGACUCAGAAAUAGUAUCUGAGCAGUCUCUCAGCUUACAAAGAAAACCCAGACUAACCAGUUGCCUUCAAAGCAACGGCCCUUGACAAAUGAGGAAUGAUCCGUACAAAAAUCCCCCAAAACGUCUAUUUGCAGGGACUUCAAGGGAAACCCAUUACAGAAAACGCUUUUACAGAAUUAAAAAAAAAAAAUCUACAUCAAUGCUUGGGUAUCCUCCCUACCCUGCCCUUAGUGGAGUGGGGGGAGGGGCAAAAGCAUAUUAUUGUAUACAAGAUCCCUCACAGAACGGCCAAAUCACAAUGGACAGGGCAGAUUACUGAGGAAAUGGUGACAGCAUUACGGCACUUUGGCCUAAGAUGCUAAAGUGACUAUGUAAUAUUAGCGCAGCUGUGCACUUCCUUAAGCACAAUCGUGACAACUGCUGGACAACCUCACUGCAGACAGCUGCAGGCUCGGAUUUACUUCUGCAAACCUCACCCCUACCCCUCGAUCAGGCGGGUGUCGCCAGCUGUCGUAGCAAUCACCACAGUCUCCCCUUUCUCACUCCCACGCACCCGCCAAGGCCGGCGCGGCCCCGACGCGGAGGCGCGCGCCUCAGGCGCACGUGACGGGUCUGGGGAGGGCAGUUUUCAUUCUCCCCUCCCCCUUCCAGAAGCCCCCGCCUUCUCCUUCUAGGACGAGGCUUUUCAUUGGGUCACCACCAGAGUGACCCCCAGGUCAGCCAAUCAAGACGCGGCACCUCAGGUAAGGCCCGCCCCCUGGCGUUCCUCGGGUUCCUUCCCGCUCACACCGGAGUCACUUCCGAAGAGAGAACCGCCAUGAAGAGAGUAGGGGGUGCCGCCCACCUCUGCACCGACAGCCUCCCCGAGUCCCAGCAGCAAGACGGCAACCACGCAACCAGCUUCUCCAUUCACAGCUCAUGCCGCCGUCGCCAGCGGCGCCGACAUGACAAGGCGCUGCAUGCCCGCUAGGCCAGGUUUCCCCUCAUCCCCAGCCCCGGGGUCGUCGCCCCCGCGCUGCCAUCUGAGACCCGGUAGUACCGCCCCUGCUGCAGCGGGAAAAAGAACAGAAAGUCCUGGGGACAGGAAACAAUCAAUCAUAGAUUUCUUCAAGCCAGCUUCAAAACAAGACAAACAUAUGUUGGAUUCUCAACAAAAAUCAAACAUCAAAUAUGGAGGAAAUGGAGAAUCCAUCAAUGGGACAGAACAAUUUGAAAGGAAAUUAUCAUCACCAAAAAAGCCCAAACCCAAAAGAAUGUCAUCAGAAGAAAGUCCUAUUUUAGAAGCUUUCAUGAAAGAUGGUAAAGAGCACCACAAAGAUCAUGGUGUACAUGAGUCACGUCAGCCUUGUAUGUCAGUAGGCUCCAAAUACUUACUUAAAGGAGCAGGUGUGUAUGCUCCUUCCUCUUAUCGAUUGUCCAAAGAGAUGAAGGCACGAAAGAAAAAACACCGGUCUCCAGAGAGAAGGAAGUCACUGUUCAUUCAUGAAAGUAACAGGGAGAAGAAUGAGAGAGAUCGAGGAAAGACCAAUGAAGACUCCAGAAAGCAGGCCCAAGAGACAGAAGGUGACAUCUUCAAGAACAGCUCCAGAAGUGUUAGCAGCAGAAGCAGUCUGCCCCGGCACCACCCAGGAGAAAGCCCCCUGGGAGCUCGGUUCCAGUUGUCAUUAGCUUCUUACUGCCGAGAACGAGAGCAGAAGAAGUUGAGAAAGGAACAAAUGGAGCAGAGAAUCAACUCGGAAAAUUCUUUCUCAGAAACAUCCUUAAAAUCCUCUAACAUAGGGAAAAAAUGUAAGCCAAGGCAUGAGCACAGCAAACAGAAUGAUGCUGUACCUGGGAAGAGUAACCUGUCAAAUCUGGAAAACGGACAUCUCUCAAGAAAAAGAUCAUCUUCAGACUCAUGGGAGCUUUCAGGCUCUAAGCAGAAUAAACUCUCCGACAAAAGAAAAAGGAACUCUGUGGACUCAGAUCUGAAAAGCACAAAAGAGUCUAUCAUACCAAAAGCAAAAGAGUCCUUCCUAGAGAAGCGUCCAGACACCUCACAUCAGAAGGAAAAGUUUAUAAGACACAUUGCACUGAAGACACCAGGUGGUGUUCUGCGUUUGGAAGAUAUAGCCAAGGAACCUGAUGAUGAAACAGAGCGUUCUUCUGCAGACUUGGCACCUUCAAAUUCUGGCCACCAUUCUUCCAGGAAUAGUGACCAAGUCCACGCAGCAAGUACCAAAGAGACUAAAAUACAGAAGCCCCACUUACCUUUACCUCAGGAAAAAUCUGCAAUUAAAAGAGCUAGCAACCUUCAGAAAAGUAAAACAGCUGGCUCUGUGCCAUCAAAAGAGACAAAACUACCUUUACUUUCCCAUGUUCCAAGUGCUGUUUCCUCUCGAGUACCGUUAAAUGCUAAAAAUUGCGCUCUUCCAGUUCCUAAAAAAGAUAAAGAGCGUUCCUCCUCUAAAGAACAUUCUGGGCAUUCUGCAGAGUCCUCCAAACACAAGGAACACAAAGCAAAGACUAUUAAGGCUGUUUCUAAUGAAUCUUCAGGGAAAAGUUCUGGGGGAUCUUUGCAUUCAGAGUACAGCCCUCCUACAGAGUCUCCCCCAGCUGCCUUGGAAGUUGUGCCGCGUGUCCCAAGCCCUGCAGCACCUUCAGAUAAAGAGAGUUCAGGAAAUUCUAAUGCAGGUAGCAGUGCACUGACAAGGAAAUUCAGGGGUGAUUUUGAUAGUGAUGAAGAAAGUUUAGGUUACAACUUAGAGAGUGAUGAGGAAGAAGAAACAUUAAAAUCGCUGGAAGAAAUAAUGGCUUUGAACUUCAACCAGACUCCACCAGCUUCAGGAAAGCCUCCUGCCUUUUCCAAGGGCCUUAGGUCCCAGUCAUCAGACUACAUAGAAUAUUCUCAGAGUGGAACUUAUACAAAUACUUUAGAGCGUCUUGUAAAGGAGAUGGAAGACACACAAAGGUUAGAUGAACUGCAGAAACAGCUACAGGAAGACAUAAGACAAGGCCGGGGCAUUAAAUCUCCUAUAAGAAUUGGUGACCAGGACAGUACAGAUGAUGAGGAUGGCCUCUUGGAAGAACACAGGGAAUUUCUAAAGAAAUUUUCAGUUACAAUUGAUGCUAUUCCUGAUCAUCAUCCAGGUGAAGAAAUAUUUAAUUUUCUCAAUUCUGGAAAAAUUUUCAAUCAGUAUACCUUAGAUUUAAGAGACUCUGGUUUUAUCGGAGAAAGUGCUGUGGAAAAGCUUAUUCUCAAAUCAGGAAAAACAGAUCAGAUUUUUUUGACAACACAAGGCUUCCUUACCUCUGCAUACCACUAUGUCCAGUGUCCUGUACCUGUGUUAAAGUGGCUGUUUCGGAUGAUGUCAGUUCACACAAAUUGUAUUGUGUCAGUACAGAUUUUAAGUACAUUGAUGGAAAUAACCAUUAGAAAUGAUACUUUCAGUGACUCACCAGUUUGGCCCUGGAUCCCAUCGUUGUCUGACAUAGCAGCUGUGUUUUUAAACAUGGGCAUUGCCUUUGGAUCUUUGUUUCCUCUGGAGACUCUUCAGCCAGAUUUUAAUGAAGACAAUCUAAUUUUUGAAACACAGAAAACUCUGGGGGGAAGAGGAAGCGAAGAUUCAUUUUGUAAUCCCAUUUUUUCAACACUUCCUGAAACCAACAUUUUAAAUGUAGUUAAGUUUCUAGGCUUGUGUACAUCUAUACAUCCAGAAGGUUACCAAGAUCGAGAAAUAAUGUUGUUGAUUUUAAUGCUAUUUAAAAUGAGUCUGGAAAAAGAACUGAAACAGAUUCCAUUAGUAGACUUUCAAAGCCUCCUGAUAAAUCUCAUGAAAAACAUCAGAGAUUGGAACACAAAGGUGCAUGAACUCUGUGUGGGCAUAAAUGAAUUAUCUAGUCAUCCGCACAACCUUCUGUGGUUGGUGCAACUGGUCCCUAACUGGACGUCUCGUGGAAGGCAACUGAGGCAGUGCCUCAGUCUAGUGAUUAUUUCAAAGCUUUUGGAUGAAAAACAUGAAGAUAUCCCUAAUGCCAAUAAUCUUCAGAUCUCAGUCCUACAUCGCUAUCUAGUGCAGAUGAAGCCUUCUGAUUUGUUGAAGAAAAUGGUCUUAAAGAAAAGGGCUGAACAACCAAAUGGAACAAUUGAUGACAGUCUUCAUUUAGAACUUGAAAAGCAGGCAUAUUACCUGACCUAUGUUCUACUUCAUUUAGUUGGGGAAGUUAGUUGUUCUCAUUCUUUUUCUUCUGGACAACGGAAACAUUUCGUGCUGCUUUGUGGGGCUUUGGAAAAGCAUGUUAAGUGUGAUAUUAGGGAAGAUGCAAGGCUUUUCUACAGAACUAAAGUGAAAGACUUGGUUGCCAGGAUACAUGGAAAAUGGCAGGAAAUAAUCCAGAACUGUCGGCCUACUCAGGGGCAGCUUCAUGACUUCUGGGUGCCAGAUUCUUAACAGGAGUACAGCAGCAGAAAUACAAAGCGAGAAGGACCUUUUCAAGAGGGUUACUGUGGGAUCCAGCAGAUGCUAUGGAACACAACUGUGUGAUGAGGCUGGUAAUGAAGACUUCACCGUGUCUGAAGCAGAUAUGAAAUGCCAUCUGCAGCUUGACCUUAGAGGAAAGAACGAGAGCCUAUAAGAGAAGGGUAGGGGUAGACACAGCUGGUAGAAGAACCCAGCCUGCUCCUCCUAGUGCCCCUUGUUAAGUUUUCAGCGAUUAUCUUGGUAGGUGACUUCAUAGCACUUGGACCAUCACAGAAAAUAAAGAGGAAAAGUAUGGGCCAACUUGAGGAGUUGGACAUUGAAACGAAGGCCGGGGUCCAG